GGGGGUGUUUUUCAUUAUUUAGCCUAAGUUCAGGAGAGUUUCGUAAUUCACCCUAGAAUAUAAUUAGCAAUUAAAUAUUAUUGCUAGCCUAGCAUCGAUGAAUCCUCAUUAGAUUCCACAAAAUUCAAACUGUCAUCACAAAACAGACAAAACAGAAUGUUAGAGUAUCCUUUCUGUCUAAACAAGAACAUAGAUUAUCCCAAUGUUAAUUCCCUAAUCACCACUAUUUAUUACAUAAUCCCACAUUACCCCCCAAAACUUUCCCAAAAAAAAUUAAACAAUAUUUUUCCAAUGAAUGGAAUUUUACCUAACGGGCUCCGACCCGACGAGGCGUCGCCGGAAUGGCUAAACAAAGGAGAUAACGGCUGGGAGUUAACGGCGGCAACCAUGGUCGGCCUCCAAAGCGUACCGGGCCUCGUAAUCCUUUACGGCAGCAUGGUGAAGAAGAAAUGGGCCGUUAACUCGGCGUUCAUGGCUCUCUACGCGUUCGCCUCGGUUCUAAUCUGUUGGGUCAUGUGGGCCUACCAGAUGUCAUUCGGGUCGGGUGGGAUCUCGAUACUCGGGAAGCCCGACCAGUCCACGUCGGAACUCUAUCUGCUGGGACGAUAUAAUAAUAAUACUAAUACUGAUACUAAUAAUAAUAAUAAUGAUUAUUAUUAUAUUCCGACGGCGGAUUAUGUUUUUUAUCAGUUUGCUUUUGCGGCAAUUACGGUUAUUUUACUGGCCGGAUCUUUAUUGGGGAGGAUGAAUUUCUACGCGUGGAUGAUGUUCGUUCCGAUGUGGGUGACGGCGUCGUAUACGGUGGGGGCGUACACUAUUUGGGGGAAUGGGUUUUUGAGAAAGUACGAGAUUAUUGACUACGCGGGGGGUUAUGUUAUACAUCUCUCUUCCGGUGUGGCUGGUUUCACCGCUGCUUAUUGGGUUGGACCAAGGCAUAGGCACGACAGGCAACAUUUUCCUCCGAACAACAUAAUUAACAUGUUGGGUGGGGCCGGUUUUCUGUGGAUGGGCUGGACCGGUUUUAACGGCGGGUCACCGCUAGCGGCAAACGGAAUAACAUCGCUAGCGGUGUUAAAUACCCAUGUUUGCACCGCCACCAGCCUCCUCGUUUGGCUGUCGCUCGAUAUGGUGGUCUAUCUCAAGAGCUCCGUUAUUGGUGCCGUUCAGGGCAUGAUUACUGGCCUCGUUUGCAUUACUCCCGGAGCUGGCAUUGUGGACACAUGGGCCGCGGUGCUAAUGGGCAUCUUAUCAGGCUCGAUACCUUGGUACACGAUGAUGGUUCUCCACAAGAAAUCGGCCUUCUUCCAAGAAGUGGACGACACGCUCGGAGUCUUCCACACACACGCGGUGGCCGGUUUACUAGGCGGGCUUCUCUCGGGCCUAUUCGCCAAACCGAAUCUCCUAGCAAUGUUCUACCAAACGAGCACUCACCGGCCGGGCUUUCUCUACGGCAUAUUCAACGGAGAUUUCAUUAACGGGCUCCGCCAAAUGGGCUACCAAGUUUUGGGGGCCCUUUUUAUAACGGUGUGGAACGUGGUUGUAACGAGCUUGAUAUGCAUCUUGAUUAGCCGUGUGAUACAACUCCGAAUGGACGAAGAUGAUUUGGAGAUUGGUGACGAUGCGGCCCACGGGGAGGAAGCUUACGCAUUGUGGGGCGAUGGGGUGCGGGACCCACCGCCUCUUAGAUUUCGUAUGACUCCUAGAAUUCCUUCCUUUUGUAGACGCCCUGGCGUGAAUCAUUGAAGUUCAGUGUAUUAUUGUACGCGCACUAUUUAUAAUUUAGCGUCUAUUCAUCAUUUAUUUAUGUAUAACACGCAUACACAU